AUGGUCGGUGCUGAAACUCCAACCUCCAAAGGCCACGAUUUUCUUGGUGUUGGUCAGAGCCUUGAAGCCCUCCCACUCGGCCAUCACGGAGGGAUCGACGUAGAUCCUCAUGCUCGAGUCUAUCAUGGCAAAGGCAAAGUGCAUGUGCGUGUAGCCCUUGAUGUUGACGUUCUGGAUGCAUCCUGUCGUGCCUGGAUUGUUGGUUGCACUGGUCUGGUUGCCACAGAACUCAGGGGUGAUGCCACACCAUCCCCAUCGACUACAACAUGCUUUGAGUGGACAUGGGAUACUGGUUCCGUUGCCAGUGGCAAUGAGGCCACACUGGGCAUUGGGCACUUUAGCUGGCACUGGUGGUGUUCCUGGACCAAUACACAUGGCCAAUCCUACCUGCAGACU